ACAGAAUUUAGGUUUCUGUAGUAUCUGGGAUUAUCCCAUGGAGGAGAUAUCGGACUGCCUGUCACUUAAUGUUGAGGGACCUUUUCUAUGAGUCUUCGUUUUUAACCUGGAGGCAGAGGGUUAGCCGAGAAGCAGAGUCGUAGAAAAUCAACUAGCCAAGUCAGUGCUCAGUAGCUAACUCGUCAAAUGCCAACAUGGCAGCGGGAAACGAAGGACCAGGCUCAGGAGCGGGUGAAGACAAGGCACCCUCCCGCAGGCAAAAUGAAGUUAACAAAAACCUGAAAUACGCCAGUUUGGCAGUUCUGGUGAUCCAGAAUGCCUCUCUUAUCUUAAGCAUCCGUUAUGUGAGGACGUUGCCUGGCGACCGUUUUUUCACAACAUCUGCAGUGGUCAUGGCUGAGGUCCUUAAGGUCCUCACGUGCCUAAUUAUCAUCAUGCUGCAGAAGAGAGGGAACGUUAGGGACUUUGUGACGUUGCUGUACGACUCCAUAAUAAUCCAAUACAGAGACACUCUGAAACUAGCCGUGCCAUCCCUCAUCUACACCUUGCAGAACAACCUUCAGUAUGUGGCAAUCUCAAACUUACCAGCAGCCACUUUCCAAGUGACGUAUCAGCUGAAGAUCCUGACCACAGCUCUCUUCUCUGUGAUGAUGCUACGGAAGAGCUUGUCCAAGGUUCAGUGGGUGUCUUUGCUCCUGCUCUUCGUUGGCGUGGCCGUCGUCCAGGUGCAGCAGGAAGGAGGAAAACCGAAAGAGACGACAGUAUCGGCCACCAGCCAGAACUAUGCCAAAGGACUCGUGGCAGUGGUGGUGUCCUGCCUUUCCUCUGGCUUUGCAGGGGUUUAUUUCGAGAAGAUCUUAAAAGGCAGUUCUGCCUCAGUGUGGCUUAGGAACGUGCAACUGGGCAUUUUCGGCACUGCUCUGGGUCUCUUGGGUAUGUGGUGGAACGAUGGUCCAGCUAUCGCUGAGAAGGGCUUCCUUUUUGGCUACACGUCCAUGGUUUGGGGGGUUAUCUUCAACCAAGCCUUUGGGGGCUUACUGGUUGCGGUGGUGGUGAAAUACGCUGACAAUAUCCUGAAAGGGUUCGCCACCUCCAUUUCCAUUAUCGUCUCUACUGUCACUUCUGUCUACCUCUUUGGGUUCCAUGUGGACCUAGUCUUCACACUUGGCGCUGGGAUGGUCAUUGGAGCUGUAUAUAUGUACAGUCUGCCCAAAGCGACUCCUUCUCCGACUAGUGCUUCUCUCUCUUCCGCCAACCACAACAGGAGUGGCGUAUCCAGCCAGCAUGGAGAUUCGGAGAUGGAUGCUUUCCUCCCAAAAGCUGCCGAGAAGGAGAAGGGAAGCUGAAGAAGGAACCACAUCAGCAGAAGUGACAUGAGAGAACCAGGCCUGAGAACCGUGUAGCCA